AGGAAACGAGGCAAUGAGGCAGCUUAGCAGCACCAUGUUAUGGUUUGCCUUGAGCCACCUUCCACCGCUUCGUCCUUUUAACCUCUGUUUCCGGUGCAAGAUCCGUGACUGACUAUUGCACAAGUCCAGAUCCGUCGGCAUAGCUCUUUUCGCCUCUCUGCACCUGCCUGGCCCUUCUGAGACCUCCCAGCCAUCCGAUUCGGCAUUUCUUGGCGGCCGGCCAUGUACCAAGAGUACCAAGAGUUGGAUGAGGUUGAUGAGAGGGCGGCGGUGCACCACCGCGAGAGGACACUGCAGUCGUACCGCCCGAGCGUAGCCUUCAACACUGACAGCCCGCGCAAUUGGGUGGAGUCGGCCGAUUCGACGACUGCGAUGGUGGCCUUCGGACAGACGGACGGCAACGGGCGCGCGGCGAUGGACAUAGUGGAGAUGCUGGAGCAUAUAGAUGCGUCGGAGGUGGAUAGCUUCUUCGCCCGGCUGCUCGCGGCGUUGCGGCAGCGGCGGGCGGCGGUGCUGGCCAUGGGUGAUGAUAGGCGGGCCGUCGCGGAGAAGAUGAGCGAAAUCGAAUCUACCUUAGUCGGUGAGUGAGCAGCACAACGUACUGUACAGACAGAGCUGAGUGAAGUGAAGAGAGGGCGGAAAGGCUGACCUUCCUCUGUCCGUAUGUGUGUGUGUGUGUAUGUGGUUGUGUGCGGUGCAGGUAUAGGUGACGUCACGGCGCGCAUGAAGCACCUCUACACCAGGAGCAUGGGCGACUUCGUCAUAGAGCUACUCGAAGCAUUCAUCCAACACGACAAAAUGGUGGGUGACUGACGACCACCGACAAAGCACACAUAAACACACCACAGCACACCUCUCCCCGCCUCUCCGUGUGUCAGAUGCCCGACCGCAAGCGGCCCCAGGGCAUGUCGAUGGCGCUGCUCAAGGUGCUGGAGAGCCUCAUCUGCCUCUGUGACGUCGAGCGGCGUUACCACGUGCGACUGUUCCGUCUGGUGUACGACCUCAUGCGUGGCUCUGCGCGGCCCCACCAGCCGCGGCGGUCGCACCUGCCUGACAUCGCACACAACCGCAUCUUCUCCCUCAUGAGCGUCCUCUACAUGGUAGGCACAUGAGGGCAGGCACGUGUCCAUCAAGGUGGGUGGGAGAGACCGGAAUGGGUGUGGUGUGUUGUGUUGUGUUGGUAUACCAGGAGAAUCACCCCUUCGUUGGCGGCGGUAUGCGUGAGUUGGAGCCCCUGCCGCUGCGGGUGUCGCCUGCGGGUCAGGUGGACACGCAGCGGAUAGAGCGGCAGCUCAACAACCUGCUCGGCGAGAUGGCACCCAACACCGCCGACGUCCACGCCUGGACAGACGUACGCACACACCACACCCGCAUACACAUACACCUACACCUAAACCACACACACAGACCUGCAAACCCUGUAUAUCUCUGUGUAUCUAUCUGCCUUGUUUGUUUGUUUAUUCAGGCGCUCACUCGUCUGGCGGAAGUGGUUGACAUGGCGUUCGCACCCUUCCUCACCGACCCCACCUCGCAGCAGCCCGUGGCCAAGCUGGACCUUUUGGGGUCGCUUGCCUCGGGGUUCGCUCUGAAGACGAGUGACGUGGACGUGUGUGUGCAGCUGCACCCCGAGGUGAAGCGGCGGCUGCAGAAGAGGCGGGAGGCGAGUGUGAUAGGGGGGGUGCUGCCCAUGGGGGAGGGGGGCGAGGAGGGGUACGAUAGAGAGGUCGACAUGGAGGCCAUCGAGCAGCUGCAGCGGGUGCUACGAGAGGUAUGUAUGCGUGUUGCAAGAGAGAGAGACAGAGAGAGAGGGGUGCUGCAUGGCAUGGUGCGAUGGGAGUGUGUCUGUGUCUGUGUUUGUUGUAUGUGUGUAUGUGUGUGUGUCAUUUAGGUGCAUCCGCAUGAGUACCGAGCGGAGGUCAUCGACGCCAGAGUCCCCAUACUGAAGCUGGUCUUCCUCGUAAGCAAUUGACCACCACACAACACCACACCCAUGUGUUUGUUGCCCAUCCCAUGGGUCUAUCUAUCAGCGCGGGGUUCGUUCCGACCACAUGGGUGAUUUGGUGUGCAUAGACGUGUCGUUCAACAACCAGCUGGGCCCCAUCAACAGCGCCCUUCUGCGAGCGUACGCCGAGUGCGACCCGCGGGUGCUGCCGCUGGGGCAGCUGGUCAAGCUGUGGAGCAAGGCUCGCAAUGUCAACGACGCACACCAGGGGUAGGUGGGCACACACACACCACACACACAUACAUGUCUGCCUUUGUGGCGAGGGGCGUGUCAUCAUCUUGUUCUCAUUAUUUAUCAGGACGCUGUCGUCGUACGCCUACAUUCUGCUGCUCAUCUUCUUCCUGCAAACACGGUGGGUGGAUCACACACACCAACACACGAUACCACAUACGCCCUCUCCUCUUUGCCUCUCUGUGUCCACCCACCCAAACACCCACAGCAACCCCCCAGUGCUGCCGAACCUGCAGGCGCCCCAGUCGCCCUUCGCCACAUCGCCCACCCCCGCCACCCACACGACCACCAACAACACCACACACAAGCCGCCCGAGCGAUGGGUGUCUUCCCUUGGGUCGCGGCACAACGCUGGCUUCCACGCGCCACCAGCGUUCGACAUGGGCGGCCCGUCCAUGACCAUCGACUGUGGGGGGAGGAGCGUCGAGGUGCCCCUGCCCUAUGUGCCCUCGGUGCAGGACAAGUAAGGGGGCUAUGGGAUGGGAGAGGGGGCAGGGCAGCUGUGUUUCAUGGCAUGGACAGAUGGAUGGAUGUGUGUGUGCGUGUGUGCGUGUGUGUGCCGUGUUGGUGGUUAGACCGUGGGGUGCCGCGUACAAGAGUAGGAACAAGAUGUCCGUCGGCCAACUCCUCUUCGACUUCUUCCAGUGAGCACACCGCAUCGACACCACACCACACCCACACACGCGCGCAUUAUGUGUUGUGUCAGGUUUUAUGCCCACGAGUUCCACUUCUACCGUGACGUGGUGUCUGUGCGUCUGGCGCCGGCAGUGGUGCCCAAGGCCAAGCUGCUCCAAUUCAACAAAGAACUCGCAAACAUCAGCCCACCGACACCACCAUGUAACUAACACAACACACACACACCCUACCACACACACACACAUCCGACACAUCAAACAACCGUCCUCCUCUGUCUGCUGCAGAUGCGGCCACUCACACCAUGCGGCGUGUUGAACAGCAUAAUCCCCAGCAGCCGCAGCAGCAGCAGCCUUCCCCGGCCAGCCCCACGAUGUCGCCCCCCAUCCGGAUUCUGAAGCGUGGCGCCCCCGCGAGCGGCUCAUCCCAGUCGCCCUCUCCCUCUCCCUCUCCAUCCCACGAUGACAGCGGCAGCGGCAGCGAUGACCUCGACCAUGCCGCACUGCCACAGUCGGCCAAUGCCAGUGCCAAUGCCGCACCGGUCCUCAGUAUCAGCGACGGGGCCGUCAAGCACCUGAUGGAAGUCCUGCCGCACCUCGGUAUAUGAGACGGGACGGAGGGAAAUGGCUGGCCGCACUCUCGUGUUGUGUUCGUUGAUGUGACUGACUGUUGUCUCUCUCUUCUCACACAACCACACACAGGUUGGGAGGAGGCCAGGAAUCUGCUGAGGUUGACUCAGUGUGAUCUGGCGCGUGCAGUGGAGCACGGCCUCAAGCUCAAGACUGGCAAGCACCACCAGCAGCAGGCGAUGGACGGGGGGUGCGGGGGCGGGACGGGCGAGACAGCGGGCGGCAUGGGUGGGCGUGAGAGGAGCAGCACCGCCACUGGCAGCGGCAGCGAUGUGUCAGACGGACGGUAAGCAUCUGCACACAACACACACGCGGGCAGGGGACACUGGAGGAAUGUCUCUGUGUGUGGGGGGGCGGGGGGGGGCUUAGGGAUGAGAGGGUGCAGCAGGAGGGCGGCCCACAGCCGCCCGUACUACCAUCGCACGAACAGACGCAGCAACAGAGGGACGCACUAGGGUCAGCCAUCCACACGACCUAGCACAACACCGUGGCUAUGACUCCCUCCCCCAUGUGUGUCCGCCGCCAUGCCUGCAGUGACGACAUCGAGCGCAGCCGUUCUCUCGGCCAGCGGCUGCCGAUGCUCUGCAUUGAAGAUCCAUUCGAAGCAAACAGGAUGCUGUCGCCCGACUACAAGGUGGGUGGGCUUCCCCAACGUACCCGCCCUCACGCAUAUGCCCAUCCUCUGUGUGUGUGUGUGUGUGUGUGUAGGGCCAAGAGCAGAUCUGCGAGCACCUGCGGCGGACGCUGUACCUGCUCCACGCCAUGAACGAGGCCUCAUGGGCGCCGGCGAGGCUCCGCGAGAUCCUCAGCCCACGACCCGUCGACCUGCAGCGGUACGGCAAGGACGACUCAUUCUGGCCGCCCAUCCCGCACUCGUUCAAAGAGCCCCCCCACCCUCAGCCCCAACCCUCACACACCCAUGCCACCACCGUGCAGCCCAGACCGCCCCCUCCCCCGCACCAGCAGCACGCCAAACACCACCACCACCACCACCAGGAGCACCAGAAUCAUCAGCAGUAUCAUUAUCAGCAUCAUCAUCAGCAGCAGCAGCAGCAUCGACCAUACAUGAGGCCCCCUCCCCCUCCCCCCACCCACAACAGCAGUGGGCUGCCUUUCCUGACGUCGUACGAUGGCAGCAUCAAGCGAGGAGGGUCCGAUCAGCUUCAUGAUGCCGUCCAGAAGGCAUAUUGGUCGAAGCUUCACGACGCUGGCCUACUCGGCGGGUUUGGGAGAGUGGUGUCUAGCGGCAGCAGCAGCGGCAGCAGCAACGAGGAGGCGACACGUCAGCUCAACCAGAUAGUUGCGAGCAUGCGUAUGCAGCGACCGGCGGUGGGAGGGGGAGGGGCCCAGCUGGCGAGCCCGUCGUCGGGCAAUGUGGGGGUGUCACCCACGAGACGCGACGAGGGGCUGCUGCCCAUCCCAUCCCCAUCCACGCACAGUAUCAGCAACCGUGGACCAACAGCAGUAGCUACCAAUGACUUCGACCCACACUGGGGAGGGCGUCCGUUGGAGCCAUGGCAGCCGGCACCCAGCGGGCCAUCGCAUCUCCCGAGCUCUUCGGUGGAGUGGCCGCGCUCUGUCGACACCCAUGUCCGCCCCCGCAACCACCCGCCUCUCGACCGCAGACUGGGCCGUCGCAUGCCGGACGCACCCAUGGCCAGCGGGGGCGGCGGCGGGGGUGGGCCUCCCAUGAUGCAGAUGGUGGGUCCCUCAAUGGGCGGCAGGGCCGACUGGACGUAUGGGGUGUCUUUGGACAGUCCGUCGAUGGAUGGGCCGCCACCCACGAUGCAGCAGCCAUCACCCAUGCAGAUGCCUCCUCACCCGGACCAAAAUCACCACAUGCCUGGCCGACCAGGCCCGCCCGUCGACGACAUGGCGCCACGGCCCUUCGGUCUGGGCCUUCGUGACGGCUGCAUCGGGCCCCAGCAAUUCCCGCCACACAUCAACCAGCAGCCACAGCCGCACCAGCAGCACCAACAGCGGGAUCAGCAGCAGAUAGGCGACAACACGCCUUACAGCAACCACAGCGGGAGCGACUUCCAGCAGCCGCCGCCCUACAUCCAGGCACCACCCCUCGCCAGCCCCAGUGGAGUCCACGCACAGGUGCCCCCCAGCACGUCGGAGAGCAUCGCAUCGUCCUCGCCCAGCAUGUCGCCCAGCGGCCGGGCGACCACCGCGGCAAGUGCGGCGAGCAGCAGUCACCAGUCGGUCCACCCCCCACAGCACCACCGUGUGAGUGAGGUGUUCGGCCCGCCCGCCGAGGCCAGGUCGCUGCGGGUGUUCCCCACCUCCAUCCCGCUCGACACGCAUGGCGGGGCACUGUCGGCUGGGCAGGUGGACCAGCAUAUCAGACGCAUCUGGGACGAACCGGCCGACCAGUAGCUGAGCUGAUGGUGGAUGGAUGGAUGGGUGCAGUGAGGCAGAUAGGCUGUGGGUCGGGUCGAUGGGUGGGUGGGUGUCGAGUUGAUAUGACUGACUGACACGUGUGUAGCUUACUUAGCUGGGGCAAAGGAGAGA